AUUUGGAAUGCGGCGCUGGAGAAAGCGUGGAUGAAUAAUAUCCCAUGAUAAGGCAUUGCGUGAAGAUUUGACGACUCUGCGUACGUUUUCCUGUUAUGACGACAAAGGAGGUAUGUACAAGACUCGCCCAGGUUCAUUUCACAGUACAAACUCCUACCGGUGCUCAUCCAGAGUUGGAGUGUAGUGUGGAGCUAGACAUCUCUUGGAAAUCAACUUAUUCUGUUUACCGGAUACACUUAUACUUUAAGAAGGAUCAGCAUUUUACAAUAUGAAUUCGUAAAGUAAGAAAAAACCGAGGCUUUCACUUGGAAGACCACUUGACCAUCUGUCAUGGAAGGAAAAGAGGAGAUCAGUGAUACUGACAGCGGGGUUAUUCUGCAUUCUGGGCCUGAUAGCCCCACUACAGUGAUGAAGGACGUGAAUACUCAUACUCGGGUCAUGAAACUCAAGCAGCAAGCUCUGGAGGACAGGUUGAAGAUUUGCUUACUGGAGCUCAAGAAACUCUGCAUCAGAGAGGCUGAACUCACAGGACAUUUGUCCUCAGAUUAUCCCCUGUUACCUGGAGAGAAGCCCCCUCAAAUUCGCCGGCGCAUCGGAGCUGCUUUUAAAUUAGAUGAGCCAAGCAUCCUAAAUAGAACUGAGGACUCUGAGCUGAGCUCUGUGGAGGCUGAUCUGGCUCUUCAGCAGCAGAUAUACGUGGCAUCCCAGAGACUGUGCCAGGAGGAACAUCUCAGCAAAGCGGUAAAGAGGAGUCGUCUACAGCAGUACCAGCGUGAGGAAAGGAAACUCAAAGAGCUACAGGAAGCUGUGUUUAGGCUGAGACUGGAACAUGGCCGAUCUUCACCACGCCCUGGCAUGAUCACACAGCGAUUAUGCACUUCAGACAAUAGCUCGUUGUCAGACUCAGCUGUGCUGGAUGAGGAGGAACUGUCUUCCCAGCUUUCUUCAGAGCCUCCUGCUCCUGCUGUAGACUUUCAUGCUCCACCUCAAACCAACUCUUAUACCACUUCUAAUACACCUAUAGCCCCCUCCUACCGGCCCCUCGAGGCCACUGUUCGUCAAACUCCACCACAAUCCCUGGAGGAUUUGCACACAUGCCAGAGUCCAGUCUUAGAGCAUGACCCUGCCCCCAUUCAAAACUCUCCCUGGAUGGAGAGUAGUUUGGACCAGCCCUACCAGAAAAAGAAAACAUCUCGCUCUAGUAGCAUCAAAUCCAGUAGUCCUGCUGUUACCCCCACAUUGCCUCCUCUGGAGGCCUGUCUUGCGGAGGCCAGGAUAUCACUGCAGAUACCCACCCAUGCUGCUCUGAAACAGACACAGUCCUGCAGCGCACCCUCCACUCCAGAGAUGCACCUGCGCAGGAUACAGUCCUUUAGAGUUCCCAACACUGAUCCCAACCCUUAUGAUCCCGAGCGGGAACGUGGGCGCUCAAGGGGCCCCAGGAGACGGUUGACAGACUUUGCGGUGACACAAUCAGAAUACUCUCCUAUAAGUCUAAAUGUAGGAAACCCUUUGUACUACUCUAGUUCCGAGGACAGCAACUCAGAACACUCUGUGCAUUCAUACACCAGCUCGCCCUGCCAAGAGCACCCUGGGGAACUUCCAUGGCCCAAUCAGCCCCAAUACGGAUACCAAUACACCAGCUUCAAUGACAAUCACAUACCACAAAGAUGCUCUCCUACCCCCUUCUACAAGAACGCUCAGUACCAGUCCUCAUCGAGUUUUUCCAGGGGGUACGUGGAGGACGGAUGGGGUCACCCCUUGGAAAUGGACAGCGGACGAUUGUUGUACAUGAGACACCAGACCCCCUCACCUGUUUAUUCGACUAAUGGUCACUAUGAGUACUGCUACAGUGAGGCUUUGCCUUCCCAGCAGGGAAGUUGCAGGUUGUUACCCACCCAUGUGAAAUUGUCACGGGCUCCUUCGCUUAGAGAGUAUCCACACCAUCCUAACAGAGGCCUGCCACGGCAGGUGGUGUCAGAGGAACUCAAAUCGUGGCACCAGCGCAACCAACUCCGACCGCCUCGCCCACAUUCGCUGGACCGGAACAGGCAGGGUGCACUCCGCAUCCGAAAUGUGCCUGGGCAAGAGUCCCCACUUUCGCUUUCCCAGCACCACCGGUUCCAGGAACAGCAGGUAUCCCAGAAACAGGUUGUUUUUAGGACUCCAGACAGGUUGUAUGAGGAUGACUCUGAGGUUGCCAGCCAGGUGUGAAACCUUGGACUACUUAUGACAACAGUCCUAUUUAUGCAAUAAUUUAUUGAGUUGAUGAAUUAAAGUAUAGACUUUUUAACAUCGAAAACUAUAUACAGGGAUAUGUCAAGACAGUCAUCACUUUCAAUUAAACGCCUUGUCCCUAUAUGUGUGUGUGUGUGUGUGUGUGUGUGUGUGUUUUACUGUGACAAAUGUUUUAUAGAGUUUUUUUAAUGGAUUAACUUACUUGUUUACAUUUUGUAUAGUUAAAUAAAUUUAAUUUGUUACUAAGCGUUGUUUUAUGUUUGGUUAGUGUGUGUUGAUACUGAGAUUGAUAAAGUGAUGAAGUGAAAUAAAUAAAGAAUCUGUUUGUAUGCAAUCAGUAGAUUUUUU